UUGUGUGCAAUUCAAGUUUUCUCCUCUCUUUCCCAUGAUAAAUCAUCUGAUUAGCUGUUCCAAUCAGAUGACAACUCUCUCUCUACAAUUGCAUGAAGAUGGCAAUUGGCAUGGAUUACAGUCCCAAACUAGAAGACAUGCUUUUGGAGAACAUAUGGGCUAGCUUCAUAGCAGGAAACCCAGAAAACAGAAACACAGAGAACCCCACCAAUUCUCAUGUAUCAACACACAGCUGGGGAGAAUUACCUGCUCUAACCCAAACAAAUGGGUGUCAAGAUAUUUUGGAGAGGCUCCCAAGACUUGGAAGAUGGAUAUCAAUGGGGUCAGAGAACUGGGAUGAUUUGCUUGAUGGCAUAUCGCUUGAGACCAAAAAUGGCAAUUGUAGUGCCGUUCAACCAGAAGAAGAGAGGAACACAGAAGUUUCAAAGCCAAAGGCCAUGGUGGAAAAGGAAAGAGAGGCGGAAAGGCGGUAUCGAGGUGUGAGAAAGCGGCCAUGGGGUAAAUAUGCCGCAGAGAUACGAGACUCUACCAGGCAUGGAGCAAGGGUAUGGCUGGGGACCUUUGAUACUGCUGAAGAAGCAGCCAUGGCGUAUGAUAAGGCAGCGUUAAGUAUGCGAGGGCCUCGAACCUUCUUGAAUUUCCCUCUAGAAAUGGUGCAUCAAGCAUUGAGUCGCACUGAGAAACCUGUAUGUCAUGAUAGUAAGCUUGGUUUCAGAGACAGGAGAGAGGAACAACAAGUGGAGGACAUGGCGAUGGUGCAAACCCCAUGGAAGAAGGGAUUCGAUAGCAUGGCACCAGAUGAAGGGCUAUGGGAGAACACAGAUGUGGUGGAGUUGCAGGAUCUUGGAAACGAUUACUUAGAGAGCCUGUUAGCUUCUCUUUGUGAAUGAUUCAUGAUUGUAUUAAAAAGCUUAUCAAUGGUUGAAGAAUUUGAGAAGGCAAUGCAUCAUUUCAUGGAUACCUGCCUCAAAACACACUUGCAGAGUGAUUAUUUCUGAACUGGUGGAGGAAUUCUCUUUUAGUUAGGCCAUUGAUUCGCUAUAAAUUUAUUAUCUAUUUUGUUUUUUCCCAUUUUUGAUUGUUAGUGCUAUGUAUGGGACUGAAAGUAAGAAAAUUUUAGUU